UGAAUACACUGUGACCGGAGAAAUUAAUUCAGCUGUGCUUUUUAAACAACGAAAGAACAGUCCUGAGACCACACCGUGGGGAAUCAUGUUGCUUUCAUCCCAGAUCGUUUUUGUCAAAAUGAUGUUGCAGGUGUGCAUCACCAACCUCCACAUCAUCUUCUUGGGCACCUUUGACAGGGUAUUCAGCUGGAUGGGAGCAAACGUUGGCCAGGGUCGUGCGGCACGCGUUGCACACAAGGCAGACAAGAGCGAGCCGGUCACCCUGAAAUCUCCGACUCCGAGCAGCGUCAACUAUCACUUCACGCGACAGUGCAACUACAAGUGCGGAUUCUGUUUCCAUACAGCGAAAACUUCAUUUGUCCUGCCAAUUGAAGAAGCUAAAAGGGGACUUAGCUUAUUGAAGGAAUCUGGAAUGGAAAAAAUAAACUUUUCUGGCGGAGAGCCCUUUUUACAAGAAAAGGGUGAUUUCGUUGGGAAACUUGUGCAGUUCUGCAAACAAGAUCUCCAGCUCCCGAGUGUUAGUAUAGUAAGCAACGGGAGCCUGAUUCGAGAGAGUUGGUUUCGGAAAUACGGUUAUCAUCAACAGCCUAUAUUUCCGCACCGUUCUCUCAUAGGGGAAUAUUUGGACAUUAUCGCAAUUUCCUGCGAUAGUUUCGACGAGGACACCAACAAGCUGAUCGGCCGGACCCAGGGAAGGAAAAGUCAUAUCGACAACUUGUACAGGGUGCGGAGCUGGUGCAAGGAAUAUAAGGUGGCCUUCAAGAUAAACUCGGUGAUCAACAGCUUCAACGUGGAAGAGGAUAUGCGCGAGCAAAUCCUGGAGCUUUCUCCUGUGCGCUGGAAGGUAUUCCAGUGUCUGGUAAUCGAGGGGGAGAAUGCUGGGGAAAAUGCUCUUCGGGAGGCUGAGAGAUUUGUGAUCAGUGACCAGCAGUUCCAGGACUUCCUGGACCGCCACAAUGACAUUACCUGCCUAGUCCCUGAAUCCAACCAAAAGAUGAGAGAUUCCUAUCUUAUCCUGGAUGAAUAUAUGAGGUUCCUCGACUGCCGUGAAGGCAGGAAGGACCCCUCAAAGUCCAUCCUGGACGUAGGGGUGGAAAACGCCAUUCAGUUCAGUGGCUUCGAUGAGAAGAUGUUUCUGAAGAGAGGUGGAAAGUACGUGUGGAGCAAGGCUAACAUGAGGCUAGAGUGGUAGCCUUCAAAAGGGAGGAGAACUAUGAAGUUUUUCAGGAAUGUGUAUUUUUUUGUAAGGCAAAUGUUGACCAAGUGAACUCACAUGUGGACUUUUUUUUGCCAUGGAGUUCUGCGUUUUUUCUUGUGUGCGUGUGUUUGCUCUCAGAAUAUUUAUCCGGUAGCACAUUACGGUAACUGUAGGUUUAUACGCAACACAUCCAUAAGACUAACACAGCAGCUACAUAUGAAGUUGACUCUUCAAGUAUUAUUCAAUGUCAAAUGUAUUUUAUUGAACUCACUGGUUUAAUAAGCAAUACAAUAUGUAAUUUACUAAAGAAUGUAUUCUAUGAUUAUAAUAGAUUUUGUUUUAAUAAGAAACGCACAUAAAUGGAAUUGUUAUAUAUAGGUAAUUUAAUUUAAUUUAAAUUGAUUUGUUGUUGUGAACUCUCUUUUUCCAGAUUUUGUAUGCAUUUUAUUUGGACAGGGUACAAAAACCCUUGCUGUAUUGCAUUUUCAUGUCACUUUACAUUUUCAUGUCACUGCAUGCAAAUGUGUGUUUCAGAGCUUAUGUUUCAGAGCUUAAAUAAAUUGUUGUUUAUUUAUA